AGCCCCUUCUCUUCAGUGUAACCGGAAGUGAACAGCGACCAAGUACAAUUUCCACGUUAGCAUUUUUAUUUGUGAUAUUUGGACGUUUAUUAACACCCUGGAACUCAAAAUAUGACUAAUUGAACUGCACCGAAUCACAUACUUACACCCUGUAGUAUUUAAUUUGCGUUGGAGACAGGGCUUGGUUGAUAAAUGUUAUCUAGGUAACGCUAGUUAGCUAGCUGUGAACAUUAGCCAACAUGGCUAACUGUGUGGUUUUUCACACUCAAAUAGCCUCCAUCAUGGAGGUGCUAGCGAAUGCAGCCGUGGCAGAUAUCUGUAAGCUCGUAGACGACGACUAUGCAGUGUUUCGUUUGGAAAUAACUCAAAGCCAGAAAGAAAACAGGGCAUUGCGGAGGAAACUACAUCUAUUGGAACUGAAGGUGGCACGGGAGCGCGCAGAUAGAACAACGCGAGAGCGCGUCCUUGCUAGUCGUCCCAGUAGUGUCAAGAUCCUCGAGCGAGGAAUGGAAAGAGGUGAAGGAAAUCUCACUGGAGGCUACAGGAGCUUUGUGAAGCUAGCGGGACAUAAAACAUGGAGAGAUGACCAACCAAUCACUGUUGAUGAGGGGAGUGGAACCUCAACUCAGCACGUUAUCAUUAUAGAGCCUGCAGAUGCAGAGGCUGCAGGUCCUGGGGUCAAGCUGGAGAGGUCUGAAGGAGAGGAGGACCCACGACACAGCAGAAACAUCCAGGCGGGAGCGCCCUCUGUAGCCACGGAGGACCCCACCACAACCCUAGUUCCGCCCAGGAUCCGACACAGCAUCACAGAGGACAGUGGAACGCAGAACGCUGUCCUUAAGUCAGAGACAGACACAGAGACUUUAACUGUAACACAAAGGAUUUUGCACACAGGAUCUGACCACAGGUCAGACCCAGAGAUACUGGAGCUGGGGGGACUGGGCUGUCGUUCUGCUCCCGGCUCAGAGUAUUUACUUUACGGUAACCCGAGGACAGUUCUGUCCCAUCAGGACUCAGGUGACGCAUUACAGACUGGCAAUGAUCCAUCUUGUUCUUACACUGCAGAGACAGGGAUGAUACCUGGUGACAUGCCUGUGGGCUUAGAUACACAGACUAAUCCAAUGAGAGGGGACUGGAACCGGUACAGUAGUAGUGUGUACUCUGAAGACUGCCUGGAUGAGAAAGGGGAGGGUCUGGCCUUAGAUGAUGUGACUGUGAAAAUGGAGGGCGACACUCCUCUGACAUGGAAUGAAGUCGAGACUCAUUUAAGAGAAGGACAAUCGCAGGACAACAGCAGUGACUUCUUAGACUACAGGGAAAACUUAGAGACAAAUCUAAAUGUCACAACCAACUCCUCUUUACACCCAGUGUCCAUGUCAAUGACACCUUCCGAUUCACAAGGCCUGUUCGAUCAGGUAUUGAACUCAAAUGACCAAAGGUCCAAGGCUCGGGGAGGGGGAGCCAAAAUUGGCAGUAAAGAGAAGCGGUUCCUUUGCAUGUUCUGUAAUAAAGGCUUCAGCUGCCCCCAGAAGGUGGAGAUUCACCAGAGGGUCCACACAGGGGAAAAACCCUACAGCUGUACCCAGUGUCACAUGCGCUUUGCCCAUGCUGGCAACCUGAAGAGGCACCAGAGGGUUCACACAGGGGAGAAACCCUACAGCUGUCCCCAGUGUGAGAAAAGGUUCUCCCAUCAGCACCAUCUGAAGAUGCACCUGAAGGUCCACACGGGAGAGAGGCCAUUCAGAGAGUAACUACCUUAGGAUACAGCAGCAGAAAAAACAUUCCCACUCUAUAACAUAGAAAGUAACCAUUCCACUUGAUAGCUUCUGACUUUGACAUCAAACCCUGAAUUAAAGACAAAGAUGAGUGUUGUCAACAGAAAAGAUCCACAGAUGCAUUUUGGAAUAAUGAGAGUAACAGAUUUCAGUGUUGAAUAUUCCUGGGUAGAAUAUUGCAUCCAGACAUUGUGAUAUAUAAGGCAUAUAUAAGCCUAAUGAGUCUUACAUAUUGUGUUUGUACUGUGUAGGAUAUAUGAUGUUCACAAAUUUCAUUCCUUCCAUUCAACUACUUAUUUUUUUGCCCAAUACACUUUUAAUGAGUACACUCAUGCAGUCUAUCAAGUUCAUGCAGAUGUGUGUGGUUUUCAUAUGGUGAAUUUAAAACGUGUAUGUUUAAUAAAUAAACAUUUUGACUUUG